GAGGUGGAAGUACAAGCAGUGACGACUCUUUGUUAAAAGCCCUAUUACAGAUCAAUUAUUCACCAGUUUGUAGAAGGUCCUUGGAGGAGAUACCAUCACCUCAGAGGCCUUCAGUCGAGAGAGAGAACUCGACAGGUGGUUCACAAACUUCAAGUGUCUAUCCAAGUAAACAUUUCUUGGAAAAGGCGUCAACUUUGUACAAGUUGAGAAGAGUGACACCUCCACGGUUGAGAAAGUCACCUAUACAAAAAUCACCUUUUUCAACAGCAAUAGAUCCAUAUGCUGUGGGAUUGGUAGUGGUGCAGGAGACCCUGCAGGAACACACACGACUGAUGGACGAGCUGAAACGUGACAGGGAGACACUGAGUUGGCGAGCAAGACAGGAGCCUUGUCCCUGUGAUGUGGCCAGGCAUCCGCGCCCCUGGACCAUGGAUAUCAUCACAGCUGUGCAUAGCUACAGCUUCUUGCUCGACUGCCAGGGUCUAGAGAUGCUGAGGAGCAGAGUGGUGGGGGCCAACAGCACAGAGACUGUAGUGAUCUAUAAUGUUCCGAUGUUGGAGAGACAUCACUGGAAAAUGAAGGCAGAGAAUGUGUUGCGGUUUGUGGACAUAGAGCUGGGAGUGGGCGACCAGAUGGCAUAUGAUCUCUUCCACUAUGUGCAACCAUGCAACAGACAGAUCAUGGUCGUGGUGUCUUCACGUAGAGUGGUGGGACUUAUUAUCGCUGAAAAGAUGGAGUGGGCGAAUCGGAUUCUGAUGGAGACAGAGAGAUAUCGAGACCUAGAAGAGGAUCCGGUUCCGGUUCGGGUCGGUGUAAACCGAUUGUGGAUCCAUGUCAGCAUGAGGAGACAGCACUUGGCCACCUGUCUCUGCCAUCUAGUGAGGAAAAUGUUUUAUGAAGAUGAAGAACUACAACUGAAAGAUUUUGCCUUCAACGACAUCUCUGAUGCAGGAGUAGCAUUUGCUAAAAUGUUCCUUAAAACCAACGCAGUGCCCUUAUAUAGUGGGAAAACUGGAAUGCGGCAGUAAUAGCUCUCAUACAGUACAAUUCCAUUUUAAGCUAUUUGAAAAUAGAAGCGGAAUA